AUGGCUGCCCCGGAGGGAACUGCGAAGAAUGAGGACCAAAGUGAAAACUUAAUGUUUGAUUUGUCAAACUUGCGAAAUCGAAUUAGGAAUUUUAUUGAUAAGCAACACUACGAUUGUGCACUUUUCUGGGCUGACAAACUAGUUUCUUUAUCUGAUGCUGUAGAGGAUGUCUUCUGGUAUGCACAGGCCAUGUAUUAUACAGGACAGUACCACAGUGCCAUACAUUUGCUUACUAGCAGGAAGCUUGACAAGACAUACAGUGCCUGCCGCUAUUUGACUGCCAAAUGUUACUAUGAAUGCAAAGAGUGGCAGGAGGCUCUGAACAUUUUGGAGAUGGCAGAUAUGUCUUUUUCUAGUAUACCUUCAGUUACUAAUAGCAGCCUCAAUGAAUCUUUACAAGAAUUGGAUGCUAAUUUUCCUAUUAAAAAUUAUGGAAAUUCAAUAUGCUUGUUGCGGGGCAAAAUCUAUGAAGCUAUGGACAACCGCAGCUUAGCAUCAGACUGCUACAGGGAGGCACUGCGCUUGGAUGUGUACUGUUUUGAAGCACUGGAGUUGUUGAUUAACCAUCAUAUGCUCACAGCUCAAGAAGAAAAAGAUUUGAUCAACUCUCUGCCUCUGAGUUCACAGUGCUCCCCUGGGGAAGCAGAUUUGGUUAGAUCCUUGUAUGAAAGCAGAAUGAAAAAGUAUGAUUGCCCAGGAAAAGUUGAAAUACCAGCGCCAUUAGCUCCCUUGUGUGAUAAUAUGGAUGUGGUUGUAAGCAAAGCUGAGAGACAUUUGUACAAUUGUAACUUCAGAACAGCUUACAAGAUCACAUCCAGGAUUUUAGAUAUGGAUCCUUACAACAGGCAGUGUCUGCCCAUCCAUAUAGCUGUACUUGUAGAACUGAAAAAAUUCUAA